AUGGCCUUCGGCUGUUACGAUGUUCGUCGUCGGCUGAGGUUAGCCGAAUUAUGUCUCUUAACCGAUGGAGUUUCAAGAAUUUUCGAGUUUUUGCAGAUACUUGGAUCGCAAAUGCAGGGAGAUCGAGUGUAA